AUGAUCAAAUUACAAUUGGAAUCUGAGGCUUUCAUGAAUCAGAAACAAUUGGAAAAGAAUCCAACAGAGGAAACUGUUAUUCAUAAAUUUGGCGAGGACUUUGUCACAUGUAUUUACGUAGCCAAAGUUGCAAAAAAUUUCCAUGCCAUAACUACGACAUGGUCCAAGAAUCUGACCAGCCACACCCUUUACAUUGUAGUCGAAAACCUUUCUGAAGAAACACAUUUCACAUGCAAAAUAGACCUAAAAUCUUGGCAAUUUUGGGGUAAGAAGGGUUUAAAAUCGUUCAAGGUAGGUGAAAAACGCGCGGAUAUUUACUGGGAUUUGAGGUCUGCUAAAUUUUCUAGCAGGCCAGAGCCUGUCUCUGAUUAUUAUGUGGCAUUGGUCUCAGAAGGAGAAAUGAUAUUACUAUUAGGUGAUCAAAAUAAAGAAGCAUUCAAGAGAACAAAGUCAAGACCAGCUUUGAUGGAUGUUGUUUUAGUGCACAAGAAGGAAACUGUAUAUGCAAAGAAAUAUUUUUGCACUAGAACAAUGUUAGGACAGGGAAAAAAGCAACAUGAUAUUACUAUUGAGUGUGUCAUUUCAGGGCCAUCUGAUCCUGCAAUGUGGAUUAGUGUGGAUGGGACUGUGUCGAUCCGAAUCACGAAUUUGCAUUGGAGAUUUAGGGGAAAUGAGACAGUUUUUGUGGACAAUGUACCUGUGGAGAUAUUCUGGGAUGUGCAUGAUUGGUUGUAUAGUGGCCCUCUCUCUGGCCCUGGUACAUUCAUUUUCAAGCAAGAUAAUAAUGGUAGUGGUAAAUUGGAACGCAAAUAUUCAAAUUUUGAAGGCUAUAUUAGUGAUGGAAGUUCUGAUUUGCAAUCUGCGUGCACAGAAUUCUGUGGUCGAGAUGCUCGUCGCUAUUACGCCUCGUGGGCACGAUUAUGGCUUGGUCGACCCCUUGUCAUUCCUUUUAAUGAUAACCUACUUGUGUUCGAUCAAGGAAGACAAAUGGCCAGUGCUCCUUCUCAAUCCGAUAGAGCUGUUGGUGCUCCGGUGCCGGAAAAUGACGUAUCCCUAUUCGAAGAAGUAGUGGAGGUGGUGGAAGACGAGGGAUUUCGAUGGUGGAUGAGAUAG